AUGGGAAUCAAUAAGCUUGAGGAUCUAUGGUUGCAACAACAUGACAUCAUGAUACCGAAGCUAUCAAUAAAUCAGGCAGAAUACCUACUUCGCUUCCACAGAGAUCUUGAACGGAUACGAAUUGACAAUGAUAUGUGUUUCGCCAAUGUCAUCAAGUGCAUUCGACGUUCUUCAGAUGAGACAGUUGCUAUCAAGAUUCUAACCAUUCCUCAACACCAGCAAAAGAACGGAAUUCCAUCCACCAUUUUGAAUCACGCCUCUAGCCUCAGAGAUUUGAACCAUGACAAUAUCGUCAGGUUGUUGCAAAUUCUGUCUACUGAGGAAGAUGUGUAUCUUGUUUUUGAUCAUGUUGACCUAAAUCUUGAAAGAUACAUCACCAAUCACUUGCCUAGCAUUGCCACUUUCGAAAGAUGUGUUCUAUAUCAAGCUCUUUCGGGACUCACAUACCUCCAUUCUCACCACAUUGUACACACCGAUAUCAAUCCUUUUAAUAUUCUCGUUGAAUGCCACCUAGAUGAUGAAUCAUCUCCUACAGUCAAGCUAUGUGGUAUUCCUGCACCCAAAACUUCUAUUCAUAAGGCUCGUCCUAACUAUACAGCACCUGAACUUUUGAUGGGCUCAACCAAUUACUCAACUGCAGCUGAUAUCUGGUCUAUGGGCUGCAUAUUUGCUCACAUCAUUAAGCGCCGACCUCUGUUCAAUAAUUUAGACGAGCAUGGGGUAUUGGCUGAGAUAUUCUGUUUGUUUGGCACGCCAACAGAAGAAACUUGGCCUAGAGUGUCUUCUAUAUGCAAUUUUCUUCAAGAAUUUAACCCUCCAGUACAGCCAAAGGACCUGGCUAAAGAGUUCCCAAGCCUCGGACCUACUGGUCUUGAUCUUCUUUCGAGAAUGCUUUGCCUGUGCCCAAAUGGCAGGAUUUCAGCUAAUGAAGCUCUUGACCAUCCAUAUCUUCAGCUGUUCUCAAAUGGCGAGAUUUCACCUUAUGAAGCUCUUGCCUAUCCAUUUUGA